GACCGCACCUUACCAUCGCGGAACCAAAAAAAAACAAAAAAACAAAAAAAAAAGCCCCUUCGCCUUCUUUGAUCACGCCACGCAGUAAGAUGAAAGUAUGGAACAAGUUGUUGGACAAGGUCAAGCCCAAAGACCCAAGCCAAUCUGCAACCUUGAAUAUCACGUCCUCUAACGUAGCGACACUCUCCACCACCUCGUCUUCCCCAAUCGAAGUCUCGGCAAACGGUCUUCGAGAGCGGCUUUGGAACGAAGCAUUUGAUGGGCUGGAAUCUGUGGAUGCGGAUACAUUCAAGCGGUAUAAGGAGAUACUGCUUAAGCAACUUCAAGAGGGCCAACUUCAGAACGCUCCUUCCGAUCCGGCCUCCGCGACUGAUGAGCAGAUUAGAGCAGCCAGUAAUGGAAGAUGGCUGCAAAUGGAGCAGCUUGUGGACAUUGGAUUUCAGCGAAUUGAAAAGAGGACGGCCAUCAAAGCAAACAUUAGCGACAAGGUCAACGUGGUAAUGCCGUUUAAAGACCUCAUCGGCAACGCUGUCAAGGCCUCUCCAGAGGCCUCUAUCGCCUGGGUCGGUAUUUCCUUCGGUCUGGAGAUACUCGCGAAUCCUCUAAAAGCGCCAAGUGACAAUCGUAAGGGACUCACCGAGGUCGUCUCAAACAUGGAGUGGUACUGGGGACUCUCGGAGCUUCCCCUUGAGAAGGACAAUACAGAGUCUGCGUUUAAGGAGCUGCGACUUCGGCUGGAGAAAGACAUCGUACAGCUUUAUCGGAAGCUACUCCUUUACAAAUAAAAAGUAUUUAUCGCUUCUUUAAGAGCGAAGUCGAUAAUAUGUUACGACCCGACAUGCACGA